CCGGGUCAGGUUCAUGAGAAGCAGAGGGCAGAAUCUGUGGUUCCGAUGAAUUAAAGAUGGGUCAUGUAGAAACUGACAAUGUCAAGGAAACAUUUUAGAGUAUAAAAUCAUUGCUAUCAUUUCCAGGAGCCGGACUAAAGAUGGAUAAUGAAAGGAUAUUAAACCUUACCUUGGAGAUUAUCUACCUGCUGACUGGAGAGGAUUAUGCUCCCGUGAAGAAAACAUCUGGUGAGUGUGAAAGGAGGAGCAGAAAUCAAAGCCCAGUCACAAAAAAAUCUCACUCACUGAUACAUGAGAAGAACAAGGAUCAGAAGAUCCUAGAUCUCACCAACAAGAUCAUUGAGCUGCUGACUGGAGAGGUUCCUGUAAGAUGCGAAGAUGUCACUGUCUACUUGUCCAUGGAGGAAUGGGAGUAUUUAGACGGACACAAGGAUCUCUACAAAGAUAUCAUAAAGAAUGACCAACACCCCACAUUAUCACCUGAUAAAUCUGUCAACAGGGAAACACCAAGAAUAUCUUGUGUUACUCCUAGCUCACUGGAUAGUAGAAAUGAUCCUAAAAGUAAAACUGACAAUGAACUGGAAGCGGGACACUUAUGGCCGGUUAAAAAAAGCAAGAAGAGAACUAGUCACCAUGAAGAACCAGGGAAUGAAGGGAAGACUGUAUCUGACACAGACAUUUCCAGAAAUACAAAAUGUACAUCUACUUGCACACGUCACUUGUCAUAUCCACAAUGUCCUUCUCCUGAUAUUGAGGAGAAGACAAACUCAUGUGAUGGAGCAAUUCUCACAGACUACAAAACCUAUAAACCCACAGAUUAUACAAACUAUCCACUGACUCAUAUUAAAGAGGAACCGGUCUCCUGUGAUGAAGGUGAUACCACAGAUGCUAAGAUUUAUACACAGACAGAUCUUAGACAACAGUACCCAUCUCCUCGUGUUAGGGAGGAAACAGCCUCUUGUGGAAGUAUCACAGACCUUGAGUUCAUUACACCUACAGAUCAUACACAACUAUAUUCUUCUAUUCAUAUUGAGGAGGAACCAAUUUCAUGUGAUGACAACAUCACAGAUACAGACAUUUAUACAUCCACAGAUCAUAGUCAUCACUACCCUUCUAUUCUUAUUGAGGAGGAACCAGACACCUCUGAUAGAGGAAACCUCGCAACCAUUUAUACUCCCCCAGAUCCUAAACAACAAUAUCCAGCUCCUCAUAUAAAGGAGGAACCAGUUUCAUGUGACGGUGGAGACCUCACAGACCCCAACAUUUAUACAGCCAUAGAUAAUACACAACAUCAUCCAUUCAUUCGUAUUAAGGAGGAACCAGUCUUCUGGGGAGAAGAAAGUCUUACAAUACCCUCUAGCAAUGCACAAUUUGAUUAUACCUCUCCUCAGGAUAUUAAUGGUACAGAAUUUAUUGAAUACAUAAGCAUACACGGAAAGACACAUGAUUAUGGUGACUACAGCAACCAGUUAUUUUUCAAUUCUAAGCUUGUUAAGUCUGAAAAAAUCCCAGCAGACCAGUACACAUUGUACAAGUACGGAAAAUGUUUUUCAGAACCUUCAACUCUUUUCACCCAUCAUCGGAUUAGUAAUUCAGAAGUACCUUUUAACUGUUCAUACUGUGGGAAGAGUUUUGUGUAUUACACACAUCUCAUGACCCACCAGAGAAUCCACACAGGAGAGAGACCGUAUGCAUGUUCUGUCUGUGGAAAGCGGUUUGCACAUAAUUCAACUCUGGUCACUCAUCAGCGGAUACAUACAGGAGAACGUCCCUACGUUUGCUUCCAUUGUGGGAAGUGUUUUACUAAAAAAUCUAACUUGACGACCCACAACCGCAUUCACACAGGAGAAAGGCCUUAUUCUUGCACCAAAUGUGGGAAAUGCUUUGGAAGUAAGAGCCAUUUUAAUAGACAUGUAAAAAUCCACAAAAAAGAAACAAGUCGUUUUUAAGCCUUCGAAAGUACCAGCUUUCUUGUGUUGGGACCAUGUGAGGUGAGUCUGAGUGGCACAUUAUUUUAACAUUUGGUACAUUAGCUAGUUUAUAUUAAAUUAUUUAAAUAAAAUAUGUUUUUAAUCAAUUUCUAAUGAAGUUAUAAAACUAUCAAUGCCGUGGAUGAAAAAAAAAAAUGUUUUAUAGACUCUGGCUGAAAGUUAAGUAGUUUUAUUAACUUUUUAGUAUUAUUGUUUUUUAUGCCGUCUUUAUAUGUUCAUUUGAGGAAUGUAAAAAAUAAAUAAAAAGCAAUAAAAUGUAAACCUUAUUUACAAACAUUGACGUUAAAGGGACAAAUGUAAAUAAACCAGAUGAAAACGUGA